AAGUUGCUUUUUAGUUUGCACACAAAAAUGGUAGUGUGAAAGGAAACGUCAAGCUCUAAAGAAAGCGCACAAUAGCCAGUUUUGGAUGAAUGACUAGCUGUUUACAAGUGUGAUCAGUCAGAGGUUUAGGUUACUUGUGAAAAUAGUCCAACAGUGAUUAAAUCAGUCAAAGAGAGCUGCACAAAUGUGCCUUUGUGAUGUGAGGUCAUGUGAUGUCAUCCUCCUCACUGUAUAAUGGGGAAUUUAGAGGAUGUUGGAGUUGGAGAGUCCGAUGCCACAGCACGGGCGCUGCAUGAGAGUUUAAUAAUGCUCCAGUCUAGGACAUGCGGACCAACAACCCACCGUUUAAAACAACGACCAGCAGCACUGUCGAGCAGCUUUAGUGACCUUUGCCUGUCUCUUGCGCUCUCUUACGGGUCUUGAGGUAAAACAGGUACAACAGGCUGAUCUUGCGCUGUGAAUACAGAAUGCGACAAUUAUGCGGCCUCCUCAUCACACUUUUAUUUGCUGAGACAGUUGCUGAAAAAAAGUACUGUUGGUACUUUGAAGGAGAUUAUCCUGUGUACUUUGUAUGCAAGACAUAUGAGGACUGCUGUGGCACACAAUGCUGUGUUCGAGCCCUUUCUGUUCACAGAAUAUGGUAUUUCUGGCUGCUGCUGAUAAUUGGCAUUUUGUGCUGCUGCAGUACUGGCUACUUCAUUCGCAGACGUGUGCACCCUUACCCUCCACCCGAGGGACCUGAUUUUACAGUGGCCUUCACCAGACAGCCCAUAAUAUCACCUGGAUUGCGUCACAAUUAUGGAGACGCAGAGACUGCAGUCAUUUCCACCAUCUACCCAGUGCAGACCCGGCCUGGACACGUGACUGCAGUGUAUUCAGCCCUGCCGUCCUACUACAGCCAGCCCCCUCCUUCUUAUGAUCAGGUCAUGCAGGACUCGCAGAAGAAAUAAACAGACCCACAGCACAGCAACUUUUUUUUUUUUUUUUUUUUUUUUACUCAGUCUGUGAGGUGAAAGAAAGAAAGAAAGAAAGAAAUAGGAGAAGCUCAACAGCUCAGGCAUGACUGGAAGAAAACAAACCUACAAACUGGAACAGAUGCAUCUCCAUCUUUCUCUCAGCAUACAAAAGACUGCUGGAGACUUGCGGUUCCUCAUCUGUGGACACAGAAAGUGCACUUAGUUUUCAAUAUCAGGACUCAAGUAUAUGUUUAUAAGCAUAACAGGUGAAAAAAAAUAGCUUUCACAUUAGAGGCAGGGGUUAUUAGCUUGUCAUCUUAACAAUGGUAACAAUAAAUGUGUUUGCUUUUAUUGUUCGCUUCUAAAAAGAUUUUAUUUUCAUAUGUAAAAACAGAGUGCAUUUUCAUUUCUUCACACAUACAUGAAAUUCCUUGGUUUAAAUAAUGUCUGUGAAAUGUUACUGAUUGAAAUGCACUGCAUAACCUUUUUGUUUAUAUCAAACUCAUCACCCAUAAUCAUAAUAAAGAUUUUUAAAAAUGUUA